AACACGUGGUGCGCAAUUCAAUCAUGCCCAGUUUGUUCUUUAUUCUAUGUCAUGCCGGCAAACCUGUAGUUGUAUUUAUACUGUGUCAUAACAUUUUUGGCGCCUUUUAAGCAUAACUUGAGCCGUCGCAUUGUCUGCAUCAUGAAUCCUACGUCGGAGGAAGAAAGAAAGAGGCUGACCGAUGAGCUGAGCGACUGCACAGCCCGCCUUCUCAGAAUCUCGGAGCAGAGCUGUCGGCUAAAACACACAAAGCGCACAAAUUACCUCUCGUGGCAAGACUACUUCAUGUCCUCAGCUUACCUUGCAGCCAUGCGUAGCAAGGACCCCAAUACACAGGUGGGUUGUGUAAUCGUCAAUGAAGAGAACAGAAUCGUAGGAGCGGGGUACAAUGGAAUGCCCAAUGGACUGAGCGAUGAUGAAAUGCCUUGGGGCAGGUCAAGUGACUCGCCCGUUGAUACCAAGUAUCUGUAUGUGUGCCACGCUGAGAUGAAUGCCAUUUUCAACCGCAAUUGCUUCGAGUUGCGUGGCUGCACGUUGUACACGACGCACUUCCCCUGCAACGAGUGUGCCAAAAUGGUCGUCCAGUCCGGAAUCGGGCAGGUGGUCUUCCUGUGCGACAAGCACCCCGAAGAGCCGACUUAUGUUGCAUCAAGGCUCAUUCUUACCAAAGCUGGGGUUACCUUCAGUUCUAUCUGCAUCCCCUCUGGCCUCACACGUUAGCAGAAAGGGAAAUGCUGAAGCUUUUGCAGUGCUUCUGAGGCAACAUGUUCCCGAGACUAAGAAGAUUGUAAUUGACUUUGAGCAGUUAGCUGCCUUCAAGAUUUGAAAAUCACAUUACUCUAUCAUCACCAACACCACCAAAUGAUUUUGUCCAUAUUAAACAAACUUAAAACUUCA